AUGUCUCUCAACCUCUACGAUCUCUCAGUGCCGGUCUUCAUCCGCGCUCUCGGACAGCUCAAGGAGGUCCUCCAGAUCGCCGAGAAAUGGGCCAAGGACAACAAUGUCGAUGAGAAGAAGUUGACAGAGGGGAAGAUUAUUGAUGAUAUGCUGCCUUUCCCCUUCCAAAUCCAAUCCUGCUGCAACACCGCCAAGGGUAUCCUCUUCCGCAUCGGCGGCGAAGAAAAUGUCCCCGUCGAAGACAACGAGAAGACCUUCGCCGAAUUCAUCGCCAGAGUCGACUCGACGAUUGCCGUGCUGAAGAAGGCACAGAGGGAGAAGUUCGUGCAGCCGGAUGCGCAGAUUACGAUGAAGUUUGGACCGAAGGAGUUGCAGUUUCAGGCGUUGAAGUAUAUUCAGAAUUUUGCGAUUCCGAACUUCUUCUUUCAUCAGAUGACGGCGUAUAGUAUUUUGAGGAAGGAGGGGGUUAAGGUGGGUAAGUUGGAUUAUUUGGGGGCUAAGGAUCUUCAGAAUGCUUAG